ACGGCGCCUUGCUCGCGCUGAAAAAGCGCUGGCGCAGUCCUGAGCCCUAACUCCUACCCCGCCCACCAUGUUCAAGAAGAACUUUGGGCGACGAGCGACGACGGCGAGCGGCGGGAGCCAAGCCUUGACGCCUGCAUCAGCGCCAUCUUCUUCACAGGCUGACGGGGCAGGACGCGCUGCUUCAAGCGGCUCGAGCACCUUCCCGGACUACGACUCGGCUAUGUCAAACACGUCGUCCGAUGGAGGCGAUGGGGACAUCAACAGCAGCGCCUACGCGAAGAAGUGGCGGGCGCUUAUGGAUCUGCAUAAUGCGCUGAAUGAUCUUGGCGCCGAAGCCUUCUUCCCUCUUCCCCGUAUUACAGUCAUUGGCGGGCAGUCAGCUGGCAAGAGCUCCCUAGUUGAGGCCGUCAGCGGAUUGAAUGUCCCUCGCGAUGCGGGAGUUUGCACUAGGUGCCCGAUGGAGUGCAUCAUGAAGAAGACGUCCGGUCCUUGGUCUUGCAAGAUAACUAUUCGUGAGGUGGUCGCAUCCCGCGCCUAUGAGGCCACCGAGGAACCCGCACCCCGUGAGAGCGUCGCGUCGAACGUGGAGUAUACUGCCCAGCCGUGGUCCGUCAACUUCGGCCCCGGCAUCACGCGCAAGGAGGACGUGGACAUCUGGCUCCGCCGCGCCCAGGCAGCCGUCCUGAGUCCGCAUCGGUCUCCGGAGUACUUCCAUAAUCUGUCUGCGGACCAGCUGAAGGAGCCGGACCCCAAGCGCCUGGCGUUCACGCGCAACACGGUGGUCGUCAAUCUAGAGGACUCGGACCUGACGAAUAUGUCUUUCGUGGACCUUCCAGGCUUGAUCUCGAACGCCGAGCAGCACUUUAUCGACUUGGUGGGCAACCUUGUCAAGGAUCGUAUCAGCGGCGAGAACACCAUUGUACUGGUGACAGUCCCAAUGACAGACGACGUCGAGACCGUCGCCGCGCUCAAGCUCGCCCGUGAGGCGGACCCCGAGGGCCAGCGUACCAUCGCCGUACUCACCAAGCCUGAUCUCGUGCGCACGGGCGCUACGAACUCGCGCGAGCGCUGGCGCAAGAUAAUGGAAGGCGGAGAGGCCAAGCACAAGCUGCAUCACGGCUACUUUGGCGUGCUCCUUCCCAAUGACGACGAUCGCUCGGCCAGUAUACCAAGAGAGGCCAUACGUACGCGCUCGCACGCGUUCUUCAGCACCGAGGCGCCGUGGAAACAUAUGGACCCGCAGCGCUUCGGCGUGGCCAAUCUGGUCAGCUACGUAGGGAGCCUGCUGGUGCGUCUCAUAGAGAAGUCGAUCCCAGGCCUGCGCGAGGCAAUCACAAAGGCGCUUCGCGAGUGCGAGGCCGACCUCGCCACGCUGCCAGUCGAGCGCACCUUCGACACGGAGUCGGAUGUCAACACCUACAUCGUCAUCCAGGUCACCAAGUUUUGCGAGACCUUCGGCCACGCCGUCAUGGGCGAGCCAUCGAGCCCGCACAAAGACCUCGUACAGGCGAAUCGACAGCACUAUCUGCGCUUCGAGCAGGCUAUCGGGCGCACGCGUCCGGACUUUAGGCCCUUCCAGAGCAAGGCUGAGUACAGGAGCCCUGGGUUUGGCGUAGGAGAGGGGACUGGGCCGAUGGAUUUGGCGGACGUUCGGGAAAUUAUUGACAAGUCCAUUGCCUGGGAGCUACCGCGCCAUAUUCCCUACGAGGCUACGAAGAUUCUCAUCACGCGGAUUACCGCUCACUGGAGAGAGCCCGCGCUGAAGUGCGCUGCUGAUGUCGUUGAGGCGACCAACGCCAAGCUGGAGGCCCUCAUCAAUGCCUACUUCGGUCAAUUUGAUGCACUGGAAGACCAUGUUCGGUCGAUUGUAGAUGCCCAGCUAACGGAGAGUUCUGAGCACAUGGAAGCGUCUUUGUCGAAAGCCCUCAAGCUCGAGACUGGCUUGCCACUGUUCACGCAGAACACGCACUACCUUGAGACGGAAGAAAGCAAGUGGUUGCAGCAGUAUGCCAGCGCGCGCUUUCACAGUGACCGCUAUCGCACCUAUCAGCCGCAGCCUGGAUAUACAGAGAUCUUAUCAAGCAGCAGGUCGGUCAUUGAGAUAGGCAGGCGCACACCGUCGCCCGUCAGACGUACGCGUACGGAUGAAGAACUGGACGUCAUGGCGAAGGUUCAUGCUUAUGUGCAAGUCGCUUACAAGCGCAUCAUCGACCACGUCCCCCUCCUCGUCGAGCACGAUUUCAACCAGAGGCUCGCGGAGGGCUUGCUGGAGAGACUUCUGCGCAGCUUCAACGCCAUCUCGGUAGAUGCCAAACGCGCGAUGCUCGCCGAGGACCAGGGGGUGGCGGAGAGGCGCGCCGCGCUUAAGGCGAAGCGCGAGCGGCUGAUGGCUAUACAGAGGAGAUUGAAUGACUGGGAGAAGGAAUUAUAAGUCUUUUCAUCCCAGCAUGUAUGCCUGGAUACGGUAUUCCAUAUCGUUUAGUAUUCAUCUGUCUCGCGGCUA